CAAAAUAUACCAUCAAUCAUCAGUCGUAAAUAAUAUAGUACAUUGCAGUCCGUUGAUUCCCGUCUAAUCCAGGCUGAAUCUGCAGGUCAGCCAGAUACCAUGAACAGGUGUCUUGGAGCUUAAUCGGUCGAUACGCCAUACGUGGAGCCAUCGAACACCCACCCGCCAGAACCUAUUAACAGAUCCUCUUCCCAACAGCACAGGCAGAACUCGCCCCGGUUGUCGCUCUGGGCGAGAGAUAAUUUUGAUUUCCAACUCAUACAAUUGCAAUGAUUCUUUGACAGCCCAGCCUAUAUUUCGUGUUCCGGCAACUCUAGGCUUAGAUAUUUCCGUUUGUUCCCAACCGGUGUCGAACGCCAUGGCCGAACCUUCAGCAGCACCACUCGCAGAUACGGAAACGAAAGGAGAGGAGGCUCCUGGACCAUUGAAAUUUACCCUCCAUGUUGUGUCGCCUUCAGUCGGGGUGUCUGGUCCGCUGAACUUUGCAAGCUUGCCUGCAACUACGACUGUGAAGGAUCUCAAAGGCAGGAUCCGAGACGUUCUACCAUCAAGACCUCCAGAUGAGAACCAACGCUUGAUUCAUCGUGGCCGCAUGCUGGGAAGGGAUGCUGAAACUAUGCUAGAGAUCUUUGGUCAGGAAACUUUGAGCAAUACCGAUUCCCAGACACUUCACUUAGUCCUUCGUCCAACCGCUCCUGAAGCUGCUUCACUUCCUGCGACUUCUACGCCUACUCCAAUUCACCCACCGGGCAUUGCCAAUCCUCCAAUACCCCCGCAAUUUCAACCCCGCCCUCAGUCAACACCUGUGAACCCACUACAAGCUGCUCUGCAUGGUGGAGGUAUUCAUGGAAUGCAAGCACAGCAGCCGCUUCCAGGUUUCCAACAGAUUAUGCAACACCAACAGCAUACACUUAACCAAGCACAGCAAGUUGCUCACUUGCAGCAAGGCAUGGUUCAUAGACUUGGACAGUUGCAGCAGGAAACCCAUCGCUUACAACAGGAGAUCAACAUAUUCGAGCAAAGGGCUCGAGCAGCUGCAGCAGCUAUUCAGAACGGCCAGCAGGCGCCUGUUGGACCUGGAAUUCCUCCGCAAAGCAUAUUCCGACCAGUUGCAGCGCCUCCGCACUUCCCUGCCUCUAUUCAGCAGCUGAUCAAUCAACAGCAACGAGAGCGAGCGGCUGAAGGACGGCAAGGUGCGCAGGAUACCGGUGGACUCCCUCAUCCUGGCCAUUUUCCUCAAACAGCAUCGGGUAGAGCUAGUCCUAGUAUCCACCGUCCUGAUAGCACUACUACAUACACGCGGGAGGGUGUUGGACCCAAUGGGGAAAGAUGGUCUGUUACUGUGAACGAGACCACCACUACAAUCCCCGCACCUCAGCCCCAAUCCCAACCUCAUCUUCAUCACCAUCACCCAGCUCCGCAUGCAAAUCCAGCUUUGGAUAUCCAGGCUGUGUUACGGAACGCAGACCGAUUCUUGGCACAGAAUGGACAUAAUAAUAUGCAACGGAGUGGUUCAAGUCCAGUACCUAUGCAAGGUCUGACUUCGGCCCCUGGUAUUAACAGACCAGAAACGCCUGGACAGGCGACUCCUACCACCACAAAUAGUUCUCCUUCAGCAUCGACCUUUUUGAAUCCACUUGUGAACACAAAUCUCCCUACCAUCAAUGUACCAGCCCAGGCUGCCUCGAGCACUAGUUCUUCUGCAUCCAACCAGCCAAUGGUUUACCUGCUCUCGUCACCAUCAGGUCCUCGAGCUCUACUAGUCACUAACUCAGAGACCUAUUUCACUCCACGUCAUUCCUCAAGACGCCGCCUCUCCCCGACCGCGACUGUACAAGGGCAAGCUGCUGAUGGAGUAAUUGGGCUUCCGGAGUAUCGUAACAGACCACAACAAAAUGUUCGAAGAGUCAAUCCCCCACCUAAUGCUGCCCAGGCGCCAGCCCAACCUAUCCCAAAUGCACCACAUGGGAACCCACCAGCUGCAGCAGUGGGUGCUCAGUUUGGCCAGAUUGUAUGGAUGCUCGUCCGUCUUGCUGGCUUUGUCUGGUUCUUCACAUCUGGUAAUCCUAGUUGGACCAGAUGGCUCAUCAUCGUCGGCUUGGGAGUCGUCGUAUUCCUUUACAACACUGGCAUGCUCAACGGUAUUGGCGAGCUUUUCAGCCCUAUCCGAAGGCACCUAGAGAACUUGAUACCACUAGCAGGACCCGAAGCAGCUUUGGUUCCUGCGCAGAAUGCGGCUAUCCCUCAAGCACCUGCUAGAGGCGCUGUCCCAGGUGGAAAUCUGACCCCUCAACAACGUCAACGUGGCGAGCUUGAUCCUGCUGAAGCAGCAGAGAGAAUUCUUGAGCAACGCCGACAAAGACUCGCAAAUGGAGGAUGGCUCGUGGCACAGAUUCGACGAGCUGAACACUCGCUUCUGUUGUUCCUUGCUAGUUUGGUACCUGGUGUGGGCGAGCGUCAUAUCGCGGCUCGAGAGGCAGAGGCCAACGCUGCAGAAGCUCGUCGUCUAGAGGCUAUUGCAGCUGCUGAGGCGGCUGAACAAGCUGCCAAUGCUGAAGCGCCGGUAGAGGGAGAGAGUGGUGUUGAACGGGCUGAGGGCACGGGAGAACAGAGGGCAAAUGAUACCAAUGAAGGCGAAAAUAACGAUGCUGCUGCUGCUCCAGUGCAGCCCUUGAUCCAAGUGUAAGAUGGGAAAACAGGAAAAACAGGAGAGUGUAGAAUACCUUAUGUUUUGAUAGCUAGUAAGGUAAGCGAGUUUUAGCUUAGGGAAUGGAAAAUAGAUGUUAUCCCAUAAAACCCGACAACGGCAAUCUCACGUAUGGAUUGGAGCCUAUUUCAAACAGCCUCAUCAAAAAUCAAAGCUCAUGACUCGCUUCUGAAUAUGUCAUUGCCUUCUUCAUGGGCAAUUCGGCCGGUGUCGAUGGGUUUGAGUAGUAAAUAUACAGUCGUCCCGUUCUCUGACUCUUCAUCGGAUGGAAAGAAACAUUUGGUCAGUCGCGGUAGUAUAUAUUGAUGAGCUGCAGUAGCUCAAUUGUGUAAUUAAUUGUCUAUGGAAUACUCUUGCAAGUCUGAAGAAAAACAAUAUUUGGUAAGAAACAUCAUGCCGACCUAGCCGAAGCUACAGAUGAUUAUUGAAGCGGCUUAAAGGGAUCGUGAGUAAGAUCAGUAGGUCAAAAAUAACGCAGGACUUCCUUUCACUCAUGGAGUAGACCCUGCUGGAGCAGUGCUAUGGAAACAUGUAAGUUCAAAAUCUGACACCACACAAUGUUAGCUAUUGUAUCUACAGAAGCGUUGGACCAAAGUGUGGUUGAAUAGGCAAAGGAUCAGAAGGUCUCCAAGAGAUCAGCAUUGUGCCGUAAACGGAACCUCAGAACAGGUCUGUAAAUCUUGUGAUUUUCAUCAUUUUGCGAAGGGUAGUUACAGGCUUGAGGUGGUACGAGCUGUAGGGGAAGUGAACAUACCAGUAUCGAUGUUACAACCAUGGCAGUCGUGACGCUUACUUGACUGGUCAAUAAUGAUAAUAAUUCAUCAUUGGCAGCUGUUGAAGGCCCUUGCCUAGGAUCGUCCUCAGACAGGCUCAGCAUUGUCCAGUAACUCUCAUGACAUCCGGGCAUAGGACAAGUCUCAAGUUUGAAGGACAAGUUGACUGGUAGCAAGCUCAGGCAGUGCGAGAAACCCAGUCUUGUAAUCCAUGAUCACACGCGAUGCUGCUGUUGAGGAUGCUGAGGUUGGAAAUGAAGUUGAAGAAGAAAGGUGAAGAAAAU